AUGGCUGCCAAACGACUCAAGAUCGCCAUCCUGGACGACUACCAAAGGGUGUCCGAGAAGCACUUUGCAAGAUUCAAAGACGACCACGAGAUCGCUUAUUUCCCAGACACCCUGCCGCCAUACAAUGGUCCAGACACCCCGCAAUCAGUCAAAGAUGCCUUGGUCAAGAGACUCGAGCCAUUCAACAUCAUCAAUACCGUACGAGAGAGGACACCGUUCCCUGCAGAGCUGGUCAAUCGGCUGCCCAACUUACAGCUUCUCUUGACACAAGGUCGCCGCAACCUGUCCCUGGAUCUCGACGCCUUCAAGGCGCGGGGCAUCCCCGUCGCCACAGCAAUCCACGUCCAUCCCGCCGGCGAGAACAACGUCGAGAGCACAGUCGAGCACAUUGUGACCAUGAUCAUGGCUCUCGCGCGCAACAUUGCAGCCGACGACGCGGGCUUGAAAGCCGGCCUCUGGCAAGCCAACCUCUGCACCUCCGUGUCCGGAAAGACGCUGGGCAUCAUCGGGCUCGGUCGCCUGGGAGGUGCCGCGGCCCGGAUUCUCCACGUUGCUUUCGGCAUGAAGGUCAUUGCCUGGAGCCAGAACCUGACGCAAGAAGUUGCCGAUGAGCAAGCGGCACACUUCAAGUUACCCGUCGCAAACUCUGAAGGAGAAAAGACGUUCAGGGCCGUUAGCCGGGAGGAGCUGUUCAAGACCGCCGACGUCGUCAGUUUACACGUCGUGCUCUCGGACCGCACCCGGGGCUUCAUCACAUCGAAGGACUUGGAUCUAAUGAAGCCGUCAGCCUUCUUCGUCAACACGUCCAGAGGCCCGCUCGUCGUCGAACAAGACCUGCUCGACACUCUCAAGGCCGGCAAGAUCCGGGGUGCCGCGCUGGAUGUCUUCUGGCAGGAGCCGCUUCCUCGGGAUAGCGAGUGGAGGAGUGACGGCUGGGGCAAGGAUGGUCGUAGCCAUUUGCUGGUGACGCCGCAUACGGGGUAUGUCGAGGAGGCGGCCAUUAAUGGUUUCUAUGAGCAGGCGGCGAAUGAUGUGGAGGCGUGGAUUGCAGGGAAGCCUCUGAAAAUUCGGCUUGCAUGA